GUUUAAAAACACCUGCCGAUCAUUGGGAAACGCAUCCAAUAUGUCCCACGCUCCAAGGAUAGAAAGAGUUGCGUGGUUACAUAGGGCAAGGCAGGCCACAUCAACCGGUGGGAGAUGGCUUGCUACCAUGGACAUAAUCUCUGGUGGUAGGCUGGCUAAGGCCGGUGUCUGCUCCUGUUUUUCGGCUUCCAUUGUGGGGUAUACAGGACAUCCGUCGCAUGAGAAUUAGGCCUGGUAGAUGGUGAUAUAUUACUAUUAACCUGUAUCAGAAGAAGAUCCCAGAUAUCAAUUGUUAAUAUCAGGUUGAAUGUCGUUGCGAGCCUCCAAAAGAAAACCGACGUGAUGUCUCUGUGAUGAUGUCAUCACCUCGGGCCGGACUUAUAUCAUCUACCUGUGCCACCGCCACCGCCAUCUGUAAGAUUUUUCUACGUAUUAUUGGUCAAUAUUGUUAACAUGUCUUACUAAUUAAAUUUAAGGUAAUAUAAUUGGCUGUACUAUAUUACAAUGCUAUUGGUCUGGUUGCCUUAGUAAUCAUCUCGGUAGCUGUCAUUUUGCAUCCUCUCCUUUGGCAUCAACGUUCAUCAAUGUCAUCAACGUGCCUUCCGCACGAUAUUAAUGCUAUUGUCCAAUAUCACCUCACCUCCUCUCCUCUUUCUUACAUCGUCUCUGCCAGAUUUCUCUCGUCUUUUCCACAUCUCUCUGACUUCUUUUUUGUUGCUCUGUCCUCUUCAGCUUCCGCUGAAUCGAUACGGCUUUUCGCGUUUGUUUCAUCAGAUCAUUCAAUCCUUGCUGAACCCUUACCCGUCCCGCGCCUGCAAUCAUGCAGCACAAGGUUGACGAGGCCAAGAUUGGGCCAGGAGCGGAACUCCGCGAUCCUGUCCGCCUGGAGCUACUGAGAAGGCUGAAGGGGCUCCUGGAAGAUCACAAAGUCGCUCGGGGUGCUCAGGCUUCUCUGAUGUUAUGUGAUAUCCAGUACCUAGAAGGGCUAUGCCAGUCGUUCGAGAAUGCAACUGAGGAGGGAAAAGCCACAAUGCGGAAAGGACUCUCGAGCUCGAUGGAGGAGGAUGAAAUCGUCGGAAAAUGUGAGUUUGAGAUGCCCCUCUUUCGAAUUAUUUCUGUGCCUAACAUGUCAAUUUCGCCACUGGCAGGGUGUCAGAAACCUCGUCCAAGCUCGACCGUCUCUUCUGCCCAAGCACGCUCGCCACAACCCAAUUAUUCUGAACCAUCACCACGUCGACAAGCUAUGUCGAGCACGGAACCCCGGGCUUCGGGAGAACAAUGCCUCAAGAGAAAGCGUAGUACAUCGCGGAAUAUAUCUAUUGAUUCAAGCCCGUCUAGAUCUCAACUGGUUAGCAGGAUGUGCAAGGAGCGAGAUGAUUUCAAGUGCAUUGUUACUAAGAGCGCUGGACCUAUCGAUGCCGCUCAUUUAUUCCCUGUUUCUCUUAAUAAAAGCGACGACCGAGCAAACUUCUUUAGCUUGCUUAAAAAUUUGUGGGCCCAGCGUAUCGGGAAAUGGGAAGGUCGUUUCAAAAAUGGUACCGAAUUUGUUGAGAAUGAGGUAUCUUUUUCUCUUUCACUCCACAGAUACCAUGCGAAAGGUUUAUUUGCGCUCCAGCCCAUCGAAGCGACAUCAGAUGGAAGAUCCUUAAAACUUGGCUUCUACUGGUUGAAUAAGCGUCAGGUUGAAAGAUCUAAGGAAAUGGUUGACCUGAUGGACAUCCCAGCCCUCGCCCAUGAUUUCCGGCCGAAAGAUAUCGCGAUCUGCAGCUCCCGAGAUGAGCAUAUCAUCAGGUCGGGUGAAGUUAUAGAGCUGAUAACGAAGGACCCUGAGAAGCUACCGUUGCCGGACUGGCAUAUACUAGAGAUGCAAUGGGUACUUCAACGUCUGGUGGCGCUGAAAGGGGCUGCAGACAUUCCUGACGCGGUUCAUGACGACAGUAACGAUAGUGACUGGGAAGAGUCGACGUGCUAUAGAUAUGAUGAGAUGGAGGAAGAUAACGAUUCCAGCGAAGAAUACGAUGAACAUGAGGAGGGCUGGCGGCAUGCGAGAAUCGACGAUUGGGUUGGCCAGAUUCCUCGAGAGACUUGUGUUUAAUAUCAAUUAUUGUUCGUCAUGUUUUUACUUCUAUUAGUUAUCAGAUACUUACCUGUUGAAAGAGACUACGUCAGGUGACUAUCACGUGGUCCACACCGGCUACUUCUGAUAUGGCUGCCCCAAACCCUU